AGCUUCGGAAAUCUGAUAUGCUUUUUCGUAUUUAAAAAUUGUUUUUGUAGGUGGUGAGCAAUUUCAGGGCUUUCUUAAUUAAAUUGCAUUGGCAAAACACCUAAGAAUACCAAAUAUCCAAUAAUAUUUAGAACAUUAAAGAGAACAGCUAUGUUGUAGCACUCCAGGAAUAUGCGAAUCUGGCUAUAGAAUCGACUAAUCGGCAACACUGAAGCGUUGAGCCUGCGCGCUUGGAAAAUGGCUUAAAAGCAGCCCAAACAAAGAUCGAGGACCUGACUUGAAAAGGAACUACCUGUUGAAGCGACCUUUCAACAGGACUCUUCCAGAAGUAACCAAGAAACAGGCCUGUUCUCCUGCAAACUGCAUGCAUUUACAGUCAAGGACUCACAUCAAAUACAUUCAAAGCCAUGACGCUGAACGAGAGCGACGCUACUCGCCUGGAGCUAACACGUAACUUCCUAGAGCUGUCGCGGAAUCCGGAAACAUGUACCGCUUUACGCAGUUCUGACUGCAUUCAGUUACUGGUCCAGAUUCUGCAUGCCAACGACGAUGGGCUCUCCACCGCCAGAAAAUAUGCUAGCCAGGCGCUGCACAACAUCGUUCACAACCAUCCCGAGGAAAAGGAGCGUCAGCGAGAGGUUAAAAUGCUGCGACUGUUGGACCAGAUCCUCGACUACUGCAACUUCCUGCGCACCCAGUUGCAGAGCGGGGGUGAGGCCAUCGCCGAUGAUGAGGAUCGGCAUCCGUUAGCGGCCAUGAAGCUUCUAAUGAAGGCCAGUUUCGACGAGGAGCACCGACAGACCAUGUGCGAACUCGGAGCUCUAAAGGCGAUCCCAAACCUAGUUCACCUUGAUCAUGCUGUUCAUGGACCAGCUGCCGGCAGGGAACAAUGUAACGCCCUUCGGAGUUACGGCCUAAUGGCCCUUACGAAUCUCACCUUCGGAGACGAGAACGUCCACAAUAAAUCGUAUCUGUGCGGACAGCGGCAGUUUAUGGAGGUCGUCAUUGCACAGCUUAACACGGCACCAGAUGAACUACUUCAGGUCCUUGCUGGAGUGCUUCGCAAUCUUUCCUGGCGCGCGGACAAACAUAUGAAGACAAUCUUCAACGAGCUAGGUACGGUGACAGCAUUGGCUCGAGCAGCCAUGCAAAAUAAGAGCGAAAAUACUCUCAAAGCCAUACUAUCUGCUCUCUGGAAUCUUUCGGCGCACUGUAGCACGAAUAAGGCUGAGUUCUGUGCAGUGGACGGAGCACUUGCCUUUCUUGUUGGCAUGCUGAGCUAUGAAGGUCCAAGUAAAACCCUAAAGAUCAUCGAAAAUGCUGGUGGCAUCUUGCGAAAUGUGUCUAGCCAUAUUGCGGUGUGUGAACCCUAUCGUCAAAUCCUUCGGCGGUACAACUGCUUGGCGAUUUUGCUGCAGCAAUUGAAGUCGGAGAGCCUGACUGUGGUGAGCAACUCCUGUGGGACUCUGUGGAACCUAUCGGCGCGCUGUCCUGAGGAUCAGCAGUACCUUAUCGACCACAAUGCCAUCCCUCUGCUGCGCGCCUUAAUCACCUCCAAGAACUCCAUGAUUGCUGAGGGCAGUGCCUCAGCUUUAAAGAACCUGGUAAACUUUAGGGCUGCCUUGGAACUGAUGCCUAAUGGAGAUGGUGGAUCUCUGCCGCUGGACAAGGAGUCUGGCCAUGGUGGUACUCUGCCGCGGAGGUUCAGCUCACUUCGUCUCAGCUCCAAUCCCACAGGAUCGCUUAAAAAGGUUCGUCCUACCACCGUAAGCACUACGAGUUUCUUGAACAGAAAGUGCGAGAGUCGCGAGUCAAUUUACUCGGGAAAGUCGGACUCAACUAAAUACUCAACAAAGUCGGAGGGAGCCAAGAAUCCCUUCGAGGUUGUCACACCAACGGAGGAGCAGCCUAUUGACUAUUCCAUGAAAUACAUGGAGCACAAACCCACUAGCAGUAAGACCUUUGAGAUUGACUUAGACCAGCCCACAGAUUUUAGUGUUAGAUAUAAGGAGAGACGAUCCGCUCAGUCGGCACAGCCGGAGCUUAAAACGGAGACUAAUGAGAUAAUGAGCAGUGAGUUACAAUUAGCCAAGUCCUCUUCGGCUACAGAGCUGCGUAAUAGUCCAGGACUUGUGGCGGUUUCAGCAGUCAAGCAGAAACUUGUUACAGAAGCUGAGACGGAAACAGCUGAACGUCCAAUCAACUAUUGCGAGGAGGGAACUCCUGGCAGUUUCAGUCGCUUUGACUCUCUCAACAGCCUUACAGAAAAGCCGGAAAAGUGUUUGGCGCCGAAAACUCCAACGAAGCCUGUAGUCCAACCAGGACGGUUUGACCAGAAUACUCCUCAAAACAUCGACUCCGCGCUGGAAACUCCAUUAAUGUUUUCGCGACGCAGCUCGAUGGACUCAUUGGUGGGCGACGAUGAAACUGUUGCCUGCGAGGAUAACGGAUCCGUGAUCAGCGAGUAUAGCAGAAUGCAGAGUGGCGUCAUCUCCCCGUCUGAACUGCCGGACUCACCGACACAGAGUAUGCCGCAGUCGCCGAGAAGGGAUAGAAAGAUGCCACCUCAAGAUAACUCAGAGACACCUGAACGGAAACCAGGCAAUGUAUUCGAAGACAAGAUAAACAGAUUCCACGUAGAGCACACGCCUGCGGCAUUCUCCUGUGCCACAAGCCUAAGUAAUCUGAGCAUGUUGGAUGACUCUAGUUCCAACGCCAUUCGAGGUCAGCGUACGAAUGACAUAAAUGGCAAUGGAGAUGCACCUCGUAGUUAUUGUACAGAAGACACUCCCGCCCUACUUUCAAAGGCGCCAAGCAACAGUGAUCUAUCUAUUCUGUCAAUACCUAACGAUUUAAAUGCAAACGAAGACCAGCCAGUACCGGCGCCGCGAGCUGAUGUUCCCGGGCUAGACACAAGAAUUCCGGCAGAGGAUGCAAUAUCCAAGAUGCGGUGUGGUGGCAGUGCGUUGCCCAGCUAUCUGCCUGUGUCUGAUGAAAUGAGCAAGUACUAUGUGGAGGACAGUCCCUGCACGUUUUCAGUCAUCUCUGGACUUUCUCAUCUCACGGUGGGCUCGGCAAAGGCAGGGCCUGUUUUAAAGCUUCCUCUGAGGACUGCAGAAGAAACGAAGGCUCCAAAGCUUCCCCCUAGACGCAGCGCCGUCCAAGGAGAAGCCGAACCACGACUGCCGCCCAAAAAAAGCGACUCGCUAAGCUCAUUAUCCAUGGACUCGGAUGACGAUUGUAAUCUUCUCAGUCAGGCCAUUGCAGCAGGAAGCUGUCGACCUCAACCCAGUGGGGCUAGUACUACUUCCAGUCUGGCCAACACCAGUACCAGCACAUUAUCUAGGACAAAUGGAGAAAAGAAGCAGUCAGAGAAUGGCGAAAAACCGAACUACAGCUCAGAUGACUCUCUAGACGACGAAGACGAUGAUGCGCGGUCCAAGUCCCUAUUCGAACAGUGCAUCCUUAGUGGCAUGCACAAGUCUAACGACGCCUUGGAGUCUGAGGGUGAACCGAUAGGACAGCCACAGGAGACAAGUGCCCGGGAUCGGUUUGUCAGCAACCAAGUGCGUCAGAUUGAGUCAAUGUUAGCUGGGCGUCAGCAUUAAAUGUAUCGUUAAUUAAGAAGCGCAUGAAUUUGUUUGGUGGCUUUUAUUCUUGUCUAAGCAAUAAUAUUCUCACGGUCUCAAUUUUCCUAUAGUUCAGAUUAAAAAUUUGCACUUAAAUUUAA